GAUCAGUUAAGCCAUUCAACGCCCUGUACUCAUGCGAACGGUGCGACACUAUGUGGACAGUGGGCGCCCACAGCCCCAAGUACUCGGCGGUCGACCAGUGCCUCCGUUGCCGUCACGACUAUCGGCCCAUUGAUACCAAAGGUACAGCACAUCCCUGUGCAGCGCCAACACUCUAUGCGCACUUCCCGUCCAUCAGUAUUGACCACUAAUUAUCUGUGCAUUUGCUGUCUCGCAAUAGGGUUUAAGCCGGAGUUCUCGACUUCCUAUUACGGAGAGUAUCAGUGCUCGAGAGGCCGGUGCGGACGGGCCUGGAGUUCGCACCAGUCAUGGCUCGGCUAUCAGCGCCAGUGUCCGGAUUGCGCCAAAUGGACAUACCCCUGGCUUCUGCGAACACACGAGUGGGUGGGCCCGGACUCCCUGUCCACUGGCAAUGGCAUCAAACGUAAGGCCAGGCGUUCGGUCGGCGAACAUCGAUCUGGCUUUUGGGCCCGACUUUGGCUUAUAGUGGCAGUGGUUUUGGUGUUGGCGGCCGUCGCAGCCGUUGUGGUGGCCACCGGUGCUUACGAUCGACUCGUUCCGUAUGUGGCGCCAGUGGUGAAGGAUCUGAUGGCCAAAGUGGACAACAUUUACGCUAAUUGGGGAUCGGAUUAGAAAUUGAAUGGCCAGUCGUUGUCCGGGCGUUCACUUUCCCGAUGGCUUUACUUUGCAUUAACU